AUGGCUGCUUUUACCACCUUCUCUUUUCUCCUUCUUAUCAUCAUCUUUGUAUACCGAAACUCGAAACGACGAACCAACAAGGUUAAACUACCUUGUGGAGACAUGGGUCUCCCUUGGAUCGGAGAAACAGUCGAGUUUUACAAAGCGCAACGUUCGAACCAACUGUUUGAGGAAUUUUUCCAGCCGAGAAUGAAGAAGCAUGGAAACAUCUUCAAAACAAAACUGAUGGGGUCACCGACAGUGGUGGUAAAUGGGGCUGCAGCAAACAAGUUCUUCAUGUCCAACGAGUUUAAACUAGUGGUAAGCUCGUGGCCCACUUCAUCUGUAGAAUUAAUGGGAAAGAAUUCCAUCAUGGAGAAACAAGGAGACUCGCACCGCUGUCUUCACGGUAUCGUCACUUCCACUCUCAGCGUUUCUGGACUCACUGCCAUGGUCCCAAGAAUGUGUAGUUCGAUUGAGAACCACAUGCAGAAGAACUGGCUAGACCGUGAAGAAAUCAGUCUGUAUCGGUCAACUAAAAUGCUGACCUUCACCAUUGUUCUUGAAUGCUUGUUUGGGAUAGGGAUUGUGCCGGAGACCAUGUUCGGUGUAUUCGAACGGGUGUUGGAAGGUGUUUUGUCUCCGCCAGUGAACGUUCCUGGGACGAAGUUCGCGAGGGCGAAGAAAGCGAGAGCGGAGAUAGAGAAGGUGUUGGUUGAUGAGAUUAGAAGGAAGAGAGAGGCUAUGGAAGGUGGGGGAGAGGAAGAAGACGGCAAGUUGUUUUCUAAACUGGUUGCUGCUUCUAUUAGAGGUGAGAUUACAGAAGAGGAGGUUGUGGAUAAUGUGGUUUUGUUAGUGUUUGCCGCUCAUGAUACGACGUCGUAUGCGAUUACAAUGACGUUUAAGAUGCUUGCAAACCAUCCAGACUGUUACUCGCUUCUACUGAAAGAGCAUGAAGAGAUUGCUAGCAACAAAAGGGCAGGUGAAUCGUUGACUUUUGAAGAUGUGAAGAAGAUGGAGUACACGUGGCAAGUAGCACGUGAGACCAUGCGACUAUGUCCUCCAAUAUUUGGAUCCUUCAGAAAAACAAUAACUGACAUUAAUUUUGAAGGAGUUACCAUCCCCAAAGGCUGGAAGGUGUUGUGGACGACAUAUGGAACACACUAUGAUGAAAAGUAUUUUCCAGAUCCGAUGAGGUUUAACCCGAGUAGGUUUGCGGAUCCGGUUCAAGCUUAUGCGUUUAUACCGUUUGGUGGCGGGCCAAGGCUGUGUGCAGGCUUCCAACUCGCAAAGCUGAAUAUUCUAGUGUUGGUGCAUUAUGUUGUUACACGAUAUAACUGGUCGUUGGUAUACCCUGAUGAGCCUAUUCUCAUGGAUCCGCUCCCGUUUCCUUCCAAAGGGAUGCCUAUAAAGAUUUCACCAAAAUCUGACCAUAACUAGCUAGCUUGAAUACUCAUUGUACAUGUCAACCACUAUUUAGUUGUAUGUUAUGAUUUUA